UGCAUAGCAGCUGCGCGCUCUCACGUCCAGUGUUUGACAAAACCUCGGUUUGACUGUGCGAGCAGAACGUGCGCGGCGGUAAUGGCUGCCAGGGAGAGUAAAGAAGACAACAAAUGAACCCCCGAGAAUCGACUCGAAGUGAGGACUAGGAUGGUAAGCAGCCAGCCGAAGUACGAACUCAUCCAGGAGGUGGGGCGUGGCAGUUACGGUGUGGUCUAUGAGGCAGUAGUGAAGCGUACAGGGGCAAAGGUGGCGGUGAAGAAGAUUCGCUGCCACUCUCCAGAAAAUGUCGAACUGGCCCUUCGGGAAUUCUGGGCCCUCAGCAGCAUCCAAAGCCAGCACCCGAAUGUCAUCCACCUGGAGGAGUGUAUCCUGCAGCGGGACCAGCUAGCCCAGAGGAUGAACCACGGUUCCAGUUCACCGCUCUACCUUGAGCUCGUGGAGACGUCUUUGAAGGGCGAGAUCACCUUUGACCCUUGCUGUGCCUACUAUUUGUGGUUUGUUAUGGACUUCUGCGACGGCGGCGACAUGAAUGCCUACUUGCUGUCUCGCAAACCUAGCCGCAAGACCAACACCAGCUUUAUGCUGCAGCUGGGCAGCGCCCUGGCUUUCCUGCACCGUAACCAGAUCAUACACCGUGACCUCAAACCAGACAACAUCCUCAUCUCCCAGGCCUGCACGCCAGCCGGCUCGUCCGAGCCCACCCUCAAAGUGGCUGACUUUGGCCUGAGCAAGGUCUGCUCUACAUCCGGGCUCAACCCCGAGGAGCCGGCCAGCGUCAACAAGUGCUUCCUGUCCACGGCUUGUGGGACGGACUUCUACAUGGCCCCGGAGGUCUGGGAGGGCCACUACACAGCCAAGGCAGAUAUCUUCGCCCUGGGGGUGAUUAUCUGGGCUAUGGUGGAGCGCAUCACCUUUGUGGAUGUGGAGACUCAGAAGGAGCUGCUGGGGAGCUACGUGCAGCAGGGCUCGGAGAUUGUGCCGCUAGGAGAGGCCCUGUUAGAAAACCCAAAGAUGGAGCUGCUGAUCCCUGCCCGGAAAAAGAGCAUGAACAGUCACAUGAAGCAGCUGAUCAGGGAGAUGCUGUCGGCCAACCCUCAGGAGCGGCCCGAUGCCUUUGAACUGGAGCUCAGACUGGUCCGUAUCGCGUGCAGAGAGCUCGACUGGGACACGUGAUUGACGAGCAAACGUCACCACAAACUCGGCCGCAAAGCACAUGCAAACAUCUCAUCAGCUGCUGUUAACAACGAUGGUCACAUAAUGGGGAGUUCCUGUUUUUCACCUAGGCAACAGUCAUUGGUUGUAAUAUUGAUUAUCCUUUAGCCACUGUUCAAAGCACCCACGGUCUACGACUUUAUAUUGAAGGGGGGAGGUGUAACAUGUGCUGCUCCAAACUGCAGCCUAGUCUCAGGCUAAUCACAGCUUCCACUUCCUCAUUUCAUCUGUCAGUCAAGCAUGAUGGAAGAGCAACGCGACCCUAGAAACUCCUGCUUUCAGGUAGAAAAGACAGUCAAAGCCUUUGUCUUCAAAUGCCACCCAAACCUCGGUGCUAAGUGUUACUAAAUGCAAUAUGAGACAUGAUCCUGUGAUUUCUUGUGUUUUGUGUGCUCACAUUCACCCAAAGGGCCAAUACUGCAUCCAGCCACCUCAUCGUGCUGCGUGUUGCUGUAAAGUUGUUUGUGGGUUUGACAGGACCUGACGUGAAACAGCGUUACAAUUUACAUGAAGAUUGGAAUCAGAUACAAACAUGCCCUGAAUGCUCAGGUAUUAAUGGCGUACAGCUUGAUGGUGUUUGAAGACAAAAGCUCACUGUCAAGGGACGUUCUGCUCAUUGGUCUUAUAAAGGGGAAAAUAAAAACUUUGGUGCUUACAUAUUAGUAACAUGGGUGGAGGACUUUUUUUUCUUUAUCAGCAAGUGUCCAGCCAGCAGGGGCUUGUGGUUGGGGGUUUCUCCCCUUUGCAAACUGUAAGAUAAGCUGGCCAGUCGCAGACACACCCCUGACCGGAUGAUCAGAAUGUAUAAUGAUGGAGAGCGGUCCCUGUUAUUAACAUAGAGCCUUAAACAGAGAAAUACUUUUAGCCCCGAAGCACGUCAUCCAGUCAGUGAGGCAGACAAAGGAUCAUUCAGGUUUAUUACAUGUUUGUUCCAGCCUGUGGUUUUCACUGGCAGUCUGAACACUGUUCUCACCGAAGCCCCUUUAGACUGGAUUUCUGUCAUUUCAGGUCAUCUUUACAUCGGUCUGACUUUGAGUUAGGGUCGACUACUGACCAGUUUGUGGCCUCUGGUGUCUACUCCUAAUUAUGUCAGCAAGUGCAGGCACUGCAGGCUGCUAGAGCCGACCAAAGUCAUGUAGACGUAUCACCAAAACACGCUUGUAUAAGUCUUGUAGCUGAAGUUUAAGUGAUGGGGACAAUAUUAAUGUGAUACACCUUAAAACUACCAUGAAAUAAUACCAUGAUACAAAUGCUUUAAAUAUUAGAGAGUUGGAAAAUCCCCUUAGUGCUUCUUUAUUAAAUUGUUAUCACUGGUGAAGCCCUGAUCUGUACGAUAUCAAAUGUUCCAGCCAUUAAUCAUAGAGGCUCGUCUCGAGUUUUACCCUCAUAAAGGUGACUUUGUGAUUAAGGUGUUGGCAAACUUCCAAAUGAGUUGGAUUAUUGGGACAUCACUAAUGAUAGUGAUUACUUUUGUUCUUACUUUAAUAUGAUCAUUGUUCAGUGCGCAUAGUGCUAUCAUACCCAGUAGGAAUAAUGGAAUAAUAAAUCCGAAUGAUCCUUCACAAAGACAGGAAUCUGAGCUGUGUGGUGCAGUCAGACUCAGUGCUGGGUAGGAAAAUCAAUAAUGUCCAGUUAGAGCUGUUUAAGAGUGGUGACACAAGUAUUCGCACAUGUUCACACCUGAUGUGUAAAAGGGACGAAUGGAGCAAAGCACUUAUAGUUAACAUGGUUCAUGACGACCUCCUGCAGUGUGUGCUGCAGGUUGAUAACCACGCAGGUAUUUGUUUUCCAGGCUGAACCCAGUGUUGUUAGUUAUGCACGCUGCAGCUCUCAUCUUCAGGAAAGACGAGAGGAAGAGCAUCAGCACACGCCAUCCUCCGUGAGCCAGAGGAUCUUCUCUGUUUUCUUUGACGUGUAAAGCUCUUGUGUUUUGUAUGUGUUUAACCUGAUCUGCUCUCGCUGUGUCACUGCGCCUCAUUUCCUCUGGCUCUUACAGUAAUCCUGCUCUUCAUGCUCCUGACAGGCUCAUUCUAAGCCUAUUAAGCUGUUGCAGCGCUUGGCACAGGAUCAUGCCUGGGACCCCUUUUGCCUUUCAGGUUAUGUGUGUACUUUGACAUAUUUUAAAUGAAAACAGUAAAAACUCACAAACAUACAAUGUCUUUGUUAGCUCACAGCUCUGUAACUGUGGCAGACCCCCCUCCCCCUCAUUAAUUUCCCCUCACUGUUUUUAGCUCUGAUAGCUUUAUUCACUGGCAUCGUGCGGAUGAGAUCGGCCUUGCCGUCAUUUUGACACUAGAAUGACCUCACUGAUAUUGCACUCAAACACCUCAUUGGCAGAGUAUGUGGUUGAGAUGCACAGCGUCUCGUGAGCCUGCAGUGCUGCGCUUUUGGUACAACCAGCAAUACCACAAAAAUCAGUAUUACAAUACUCGGACGAUGUUUCUUUUGCUUGCGUUGGGAAAUCUCCCGUAUGUGGAUGUUUAGGGAAUCGUUUCUGGUCGAGAGAGAGGCGUUUGCCAAACUAACGCUUGGUCUGGGUUAUUCACCUUUGAUUUUUGAUGUUCAUUUCCUUUGCACAUGUGUAAAUACUGUACAGGCGAACAAGGUUUAUGUACAUUUGACUGGGUGUGCUCUGUUUUCAAGAGCCGGAUUGGUUUGACAUGUAAAUUUGCUGUGAUGACUUCAGUUUUCCUUCAGCUCUUGAUUCAGCGCUGCUUUCCUUCAAUCAUUGAAAAGAUGUGAUAUACUUACAGGUUAAUACAGUUGGUGUGCUAGUGAUAAUUGUAUGUACGUCAUUGGCCUGUUGUUUGUGGUUUUGUGUAAGCAAAAGCUGAAAUACAACAUGGGUCAGCUCAGUCCUCCUUUUGUCUGCUACCAGGUAAAUGGUUAGCAGUCACGUUCAGCAGGGGUGCACUCAUGUAAAUGCUAAACGCCUCGUCGACUGCCGCUGGCCAAAUGGCCAAUAGAACUGACGUUCACAUGAUGGCGGAGAGCCUUGUAUAUGAGAUUCAGUUUCAUACAUUGUGAUUGAAUUUUAUUUUUCUCAUUCAAAAACAGUGUGAAGAGCUGGAAAAUCCAAACGUUCCCCUGGCACAAGGGGAGUAAAUAAUAAAGGAGAGAAACCGUAACAGCUUCUUUUUGUUUCAAACCUUUGGACAAUGAUGCGUCAAACCAAGCACUGCUUUGAAGCCUCAGACAUGACAUGUUAUUGAGUGGGCUCUGGAGUGUGCUGUGGCAGAGGGGCUUAAAAAAGUUCACCAGACAGUGAGAGAGAAUUGUGCUCAGUGCUGCUAACACAUACAGAGCGUUGGAUCGAUGGUAGAGGGACUGACGGUCCCCCUAAAGCAGAUGUGGGCAACUCUAGGCCUGGAGGUCCGGUGUCCUGCAGGUUUUAGAUGUGUCCUUGAUCCAUCACAGCUGAUUUAAACGGCUAAAUGACCUCCUCAACAUGUCCUGAAGUUCUCCAGAGGCCUGGUAAUGAACUAAUCAUGUGAUUCAGGUGUGACCCAGGGUGAGAUCUAAAACCUGCAGGACACCGGCCCUCCAGCCCUGGAGGUCUCCAGCCCUGGAGGUCUCCAGCCCUGGAGGUCUCCAGCCCUGGAGGUCCCCACCCCCCAACCCUAAAGGGACAAGUUCCAAUAAUGGCGUAAUCACAGAGUUGACUUUCAUCUUGUCUAGCAGAGCAGAUCACUUGCUAUAAAUCCAGCAGUGGUGGAGUGUGUUUAGAGCUCGUUACAAUGCGAGCCCAGGUGUAAUGAUUGUGUGAGUCGCUCACGUAGCUCCACACUGUGCUUAUAAACCUCUUUAUACACAGACUGAGAACCCGAGCGGCUAAUUCGCUGCUUAUGCUAACUCUAGAUUGUAAUCCAGUCUCAGUCGGUCCUGAAUCAGUUUUGAUAAAACACAUCAGUUCAACAGUAUCACAGCAAUAAUAGGUCCUGACCUUUGCUAUCGUCUGUAUUGUCCUUUUGUGGGUUGGAUAACGGGGCUUUGGCAGGAGGGGAACCUGCUCAGUGUGAUUUCAGCUAUUAUACUUUCCAUGUGUGGAUAUAAAAAUGCCAUUUACACCAAUCAUGCCAACUCCCUUUAAUUAACAUAAGUUUUUGAGGAUGCGUUCAUCCUGGAAAAAUGACAAAAUGUAGUUUAAUAAAGCAAUGAACAUGAAUACAGAGCAGACAUGAGGUUUAUGGAGUUCGCUUGUCCCACAGCACAGGAAGUGGAAGAGCUCCAGGUUAGAUACCCCAAAGAUUUAGAUCUAAAAUCUUUCACAUCUUUUCUUGGUCUUUGUAAACUUUAAUUGGAAUAAGCUUUCAGGUUCUCACCUGUGAUUUCAACAUGUAACUAUCUGCAGUCAUUUUCAGAGUGUGCUGGUAUUACAGAGUGGACAACUUUAGGCUGGUCUAACAUUAAAAUGCUGGCCUCAGCACACACAGCUGAUCUGUGCUGGUAUCUUUUAUACUCGUGGAAAGAAGUGGGCAUUUUGGCUGUAAUGGAAACAUUUUUUUGUUUUUAUAACCUGCCAGUUUAACCUUUCUCAAAACAAAUUGUGCGUGCCGCUCGGUGACUGAAGUCAGUUCUGCGAGUCCUGGAUCAGGGCUACGCUCAUUUCAUUUACAGAGCUUCAGUUUUCCUGCUCUCACUCAUCUGUACGCACAGUUCUUGCUCUCAUGUCAUUGUAAGAUACUUUGAAUAAACUGAGUUGAGUUUCACAUGUGAAACAACAGCUGUCAAUCACUGUUGAACCAAUGGAUUUUUAAUAAAAAUGAAUUUGAACUCGUUUAAAGUUUAAACCAAACUGAAUGUGGUUUUGCUUUAGUGGUGCUUCUUAUUCUGAAACACGGUUUUAUGGCUCCUGCUGGUGCGUCAGUGAUUGUCCAGGUGGUUGCAGUUAAUUUUAUCAAUGUGGAUUCAAGGUAAGUGACAGAAACUGCUCAGAAGAAAGGUGAUUUGUCAUAAUAAAGGUCUUUGAACAAACGACAUGAGACUGUUAUGAUACAGACUGUUGGCAGGAUUAUAAGCAUCACGUCUGACUCUACAGUAAACGUUGUGUGUGAGGAAGAUGUGCUCCUUUACUCU